UUGGGCGGAUACAUAAAAAGUCCACGGGGCUUCGGAUGCUGGCUCAUUUCGGACACGUCCCUCCUGCGCACCGCCUCGUUCUCCCGUUUUCCUUCCCGCCCCGCAUCCAUCCCUCCCUCCCUUCGGCCGAGGAGCGGCGCCGGCCGACCCGCUCGGAGCCCUUCGCUGACGUCGCUGCGCUUCUGGUGACACCUCGAAAGGGAUUUAAUGAGCCCAGAAGACGCCCGAUUUAAGGCUCCGUUUUUAAAACCUUGUUGAUCGUUCCUGGACUUUAUUACUGUAUCACGUCAUACUUGAGACCGUCUUGUUUGGACCUGGACCUCUACUGAUGGAACAAGCUCACUCCUACGUUCUCCUGCAGCCGCCCAACGCCACCUAACAUUUCCUGGAAGAACGUGUCUGCCGCCCGCUCUCAACAAACAUGGACUGUUUUCCCAUGCUUUAUUUUCUGUCGAGACAUCAUGAUUCCUGGUAAUCGAAUGCUGAUGGUCCUUUUCAUAUGCCAAGUCCUGCUGGGAGACAGCAACCAUGCCAGUCUGAUACCCGAAGAAGGAAAAAAGAAAGUGGCGGGCCCGCAGGGUCGUUCGGACACUCAGAGCCAUGAACUGCUGCGGGACUUCGAGGCCACCCUGCUGCACAUGUUCGGCCUCAAGAGGCGGCCCCGGCCCAGCCGCUCGGUCGCCGCCGUGCCGCGCUACCUGCUGGACCUUUAUCGGCUGCAGUCGGGCGAGGGAGAGGAGUCCGUGGGCGGCGACGAAAUUGCCUUUGAGUACCCGGAAAGGUCGGCCAGCCGAGCCAACACAGUGAGGGGCUUCCACCAUGAAGAGCACAUGGAGCGAGUGCACGAGUUGGAUGACGGUGAGGCCACGCCCUUACGUUUCCUGUUCAACCUCAGCAGCAUCCCAGCGGACGAGCUGCUCUCUUCGGCCGAACUGCGCCUCUAUCGACAACAGAUAGCCGAGGCGGACGGCGAUGACAACGACAAGGCGAGCCUCCACCGGAUCAAUGUGUACGAGGUGCUGAAGGCUCCGCGGCCAGGCCAGCUCAUCACGCAGCUCCUGGACACGCGGCUGGUCCGGCACAACGCGUCGCGCUGGGAGAGCUUCGACGUCAGCCCCGCCGUGCCCCUCUUGGUGACGUUCGGCCACGACGGCAAAGGUCACCCGUUGACCAAGCGGACCAAGCGUAGCCCCAAGCAGCGGGGACGCAAGCGCAACCGCAACUGCCGGCGCCACGCGCUCUACGUCGACUUCAGCGACGUGGGCUGGAAUGACUGGAUAGUGGCGCCCCCUGGCUACCAGGCCUACUACUGCCAUGGGGAGUGCCCCUUCCCGCUGGCGGACCACCUCAACUCCACCAACCAUGCCAUUGUUCAGACACUAGUGAACUCUGUGAACAACAACAUUCCCAAGGCCUGUUGCGUGCCCACGGAGCUCAGCGCCAUCUCCAUGCUUUACUUGGACGAAAACGACAAGGUGGUGCUGAAAAACUACCAGGAAAUGGUGGUGGAGGGCUGCGGCUGCCGCUAAAGAGCAAGCUAAUCCGGACUUGGACAAAACAACUUUAUUUAUAACUUUGACGUUGAGGUGUACGUUUGUCUCACUUUUUAUUUGUUGUUCCUUUAAUAAUAUGAUCAUAUAUUUUGACAAAAUAUACAUAUAUUUAUAUCGAUAUAUUAAAAAAAAAUAAGUUGAGUCCUUAUUUUAAACAUGGGGGGGAGCUGUACAACUUUUCAUCAUGUACAUUAGAUUGUAUACGUUUUUUUAACUGAUAAAAUAGAUGAAAAAAUGAUUUACUGGUAAUAUUUAUUUCUUUCACCAUCAUAUAAUUUUUUUUUUCCCAAAAGAACAACAUUUUAUGAAUUCCAGAAGAUCCAUUUUAUAGAAUCCUAGCAUAUAUUGCCAACUGUGCUCAGUUGUUUUCUUUUCACGCACAUUACUUAAAUAUAUUGUCGCUCUGCAAUGAAAUGUCUGACUUGCCAAAUUUUGUGAAUUUGGACCCAAAAGAAAAUAAAUUUUUGCUGAGUUUUAGAUUUUUUUUUUAAUCACAUAUUUGAAGACACAAUUUUUCCUUGAACUGCGACAAUAUAUUGUUUUGCCAUAAUCUCUACAUAAACUGUACACGAAUGAUAAACAGUAAACUAUUUGCCAAUAAAUUGUGGGCCCGCUUGACGAUCAAUAGCUAAAAACGAUUUACCUUGACCAUUGGCAACCAUUGCUCUGAUUCUUGUAGAAAUGUAGUUCAAUUUAAAGAAUCCUAAAAUUA